CAAAGGCUUAAUACCAUGUGUCGCCAUAUCGUGACGCAGAUAUAAAAACAUGUGACGAUUUAUUGCAUGACCGGAAGUUAAGAAAUGUAGUUCUUAAAACAAAAAGCUUCAGUUGAUUGCGUGACAUCCGGAAUGUGGUAAGAACUACAUUAACUACCCAACAUAGGAGCGGAUGCGUUUUCCCGUCGGCAGGUUUGGGACGCAGAAGUCACUCGAAAGGGAUUACCUAGCUUGCUUGCUAGCAGAUCAACUUCCUUUUUAGAUGUUGGGAUUUGCGCCACAUUGUGCACUUUGAAGAGCGCCGACACACAGAGAGCUGAGCGACGGAGGAGAAACCCCUAAGCUGUUGCCAUGGCAAUCCUGUUUGCAGUGGUGGCUCGUGGGACCACCAUCCUCGCCAAGAACGCCUGGUGCGGCGGUAACUUCCUGGAAGUGACUGAACAGAUAUUGGCCAAAAUCCCAUCGGAGAAUAACAAAUUGACCUACAGCCAUGGCAGCUAUCUCUUUCAUUACGUCUGCCACGACCGAAUUAUAUACCUGUGCAUCACCGAUGACGACUUUGAGAGGUCGCGUGCAUUCAGCUUCCUCAGUGAAGUCAAGAAGCGCUUCCAGACGACGUACGGGUCGCGAGCGCAAACGGCGCUGCCUUACGCCAUGAACAGCGAGUUCUCCUCGACGCUGUCCGCUCAGAUGAAACACCACUCGGACCCACGAGGAUCAGAUCGCGUCACUGAGACUCAGAUGCAGGUGGAUGACCUGAAAGGCAUUAUGGUCCGCAACAUAGACCUGGUAGCUCAGAGAGGAGAGAAGCUGGAGUUGCUGAUUGACAAGACAGAAAAUCUAGUUGAUUCGUCGGUCACAUUCAAAACCACGAGUCGUAACCUGGCACGGGCCAUGUGCAUGAAGAACCUCAAGCUGACUGUUGUCAUUGUGCUGGUGUGCCUGGUGGUCCUUUACAUUAUCGUUUCUGCUGCCUGUGGAGGCCUCAGCUGGCCCACAUGUGUCAAAUGAGGGCAGGAGGAGGGGAGAUGCACCUCUUCAACCCCCAUCUGCCAGUGGACACAAAGGGAAAGCUUCCUUCCUCUACUCCUUGAUCUUCAACAGACCGGCAGACACACGCUGCCCCUCCUCCUGCAUCCUAUCUCGCCCCUUUUGAUCGUGUGCACAUUGACUUGCCUUCUGGACAAGAAGUCCCGCCGCAUACCCACAUGAAUGGACAGCAGCCAUGUGGUCUAAAAACUGACCUGGAAACACAAUCUUGUCUUAUACUAGUCUGACAUUCAUUCUAAUCUCAUGCACUUAGUGGCCUGGUGUAUCAGUGUGUGAUACUGCCCUUGCACUUCUCUAUGUAUUUCAUCCAUUCAGGCUGAUACCGUAAUGAACCAUACAGAUAGCAGGUAGCUUUGCUAUGGUCCUGCUUUUCCUUUUUGAAAGUGGCAUAAGGGACCUGCAAGUAUAAGUAGCAUGUUGCAGAUUCAUAGAGAAGGAAUUCCACAAUACGGUGUCUGGGUCCCCUGUUAUGGCUGAAAACUAAUAUUUGACAUAAACCAACAAAGUACACAGUGUGUCGUAUGUGGCAGUAUCCAUUGAAUCAUUGUUGGUGUCAUGAAUUUGCUCGGAAUCACAGAUUUUCUGAUUUACUUUAUGUUUUAUUGCCAAGCACCGUCGUAUAUAUUCUAAAAUGGAUGUUGUGAAAUAGCAGAUAUGAUCACACAAAUAAAUAUUGUACAUUUGAUUAAUAUUACUGACUCAAAAGAUGAAACGGUUCUUUUAAAAUCAAGACAUUUGAGCAAAUCCUGAUCUUUUCCACCUGCCUGUUACAGGAGGCUCCCUCUCACGUUUUUACCUUGGCUGUGAUGUUCUUUCUGUUAACACAGUGCACCUUUUACAUUGUAUAUAGAGUUGCUUUCUUAGCAUUAUGCGAUUUGUAAUCAUGUAAUUAUUGUACAUCCAGAUUUUAAAUAAUAAAACCUGAACAAGUU